CUCCUGGCUUGCACCUCGCUUGCGCCAGCCCUUCCCGCUCUUCUGUUCUCGCUCUAUUUGCCCCGCUGACUGCCGGCCUCGCCAGCUUUGCCAGUCUUACGUCUCUGCCACCCCCACUCCCGCCCGCGCCCCAUCUUCUUGCACGGCUCACGCCCGCUGAUCCCCCCCACCCCGCCUCCCCAGUCCUGCCUGCCCCCUCCUCCUCCUGCUCUUGCAGGCUUCUUGGCACCCAGGCUGGGAAGCGACGGUCCCAGCCGUCUAAGCGGGAACAGCUCUGGCUGAGGGAGCUGCAGCGCAGCCGAGGAUCUGACGGCCCCAGGUUGCGUAGGUGCGGCACGAGGAGUUUCCCCCGCAGCGAGGAGGUCCUGAGCAGCAUGGCCCGGAGGAGCGCCUUCGCUGCCGCCGCUCUCUGGCUCUGGAGCAUCCUCCUGUGCCUGCUGGCACUACGGGCGGAGGCCGGGCAGCCGCGGGAGGAGAGCCUGUACCUGUGGAUCGAUGCUCACCAGGCGAGAGUACUCAUAGGAUUUGAAGAAGAUAUCCUGAUUGUUUCAGAGGGGAAAAUGGCACCUUUUACACAUGAUUUCAGAAAAGCGCAACAGAGAAUGCCAGCUAUUCCUGUCAAUAUCCAUUCCAUGAAUUUUACCUGGCAAGCUGCAGGGCAGGCAGAAUACUUCUAUGAAUUCCUGUCCUUGCGCUCCCUGGAUAAAGGCAUCAUGGCAGAUCCAACCGUCAAUGUCCCUCUGCUGGGAACAGUGCCUCACAAGGCAUCAGUUGUUCAAGUUGGUUUCCCAUGUCUUGGAAAACAGGAUGGGGUGGCAGCAUUUGAAGUGAAUGUGAUUGUUAUGAAUUCUGAAGGCAACACCAUUCUCCAGACACCUCAAAAUGCUAUCUUCUUUAAAACAUGUCAGCAAGCUGAGUGCCCAGGCGGGUGCCGAAAUGGAGGCUUUUGUAAUGAAAGACGCAUCUGCGAGUGUCCUGAUGGGUUCCACGGACCUCACUGUGAGAAAGCCCUUUGCACCCCACGGUGUAUGAAUGGUGGACUUUGUGUGACUCCUGGUUUCUGCAUCUGCCCACCUGGAUUCUAUGGAGUGAACUGUGACAAAGCAAAUUGCUCAACCACCUGCUUUAACGGAGGGACCUGUUUCUACCCUGGAAAAUGUAUUUGCCCUCCAGGACUAGAGGGAGAGCAAUGUGAAAUAAGCAAAUGCCCACAACCCUGUCGAAAUGGAGGUAAAUGCAUUGGUAAAAGCAAAUGUAAGUGUUCCAAAGGUUACCAGGGAGACCUCUGUUCAAAGCCUGUCUGCGAGCCUGGCUGUGGUGCACAUGGAACCUGCCAUGAACCCAACAAAUGCCAGUGUCAAGAAGGUUGGCAUGGAAGACACUGCAAUAAAAGGUAUGGAGCCAGCCUCAUACAUGCCCUGAGGCCAGCAGGCACCCAACUCAGGCAGCACACGCCUUCACUUAAAAAGGCCGAGGAGCGGCGGGAUCCACCUGAAUCCAAUUACAUCUGGUGAACUCCGACAUCUGAAACGUUUUAAGUUACACCAAGUUCGUAGCCUUUGUUAACCUUUCAUGUGUUGAAUGUUCAAAUAAUGUUCAUUACACUUAAGAAUACUGGCCUGAAUUUUAUUAGCUUCAUUAUAAAUCACUGAGCUGAUAUUUACUCUUCCUUUUAAGUUUUCUAAGUACGUCUGUAGCAUGAUGGUAUAGAUUUUCUUGUUUCAGUGCUUUGGGACAGAUUUUAUAUUAUGUCAUUUGAUCAGGUUAAAAUUUUCAGUGUGUAGUUGGCAGAUAUUUUCAAAAUCACAAUGCAUUUAUGGUGUCUGGGGGCAGGGGAACAUUCGAAAGGUUAAAUUGGGCAAAAAUGUUUAAGUCACAAGAAUUUGGAUGGAGCCAUUAAUAUUGUUGAAGUUACAGCAUUUCAGAUUUUUUUGUCAGAUAUUUAGAUGUUUGUCACAUUUUAAAAAAAUUGCUCUUAACUUUUAAACUCUCAAUACAGUAUAUUUUGACCUUACCAUUAUUCCAGAGAUUCAGUAUGAAAAAAAAAUUACACUGUGGAAGUGGCAUUUAAACAAUAUAAUAUAUUCUAAACACAAUGAAAUAGGGAAUAUAAUGUAUGAACUUUUUGCAUUGGCUUGAAGCAAUAUAAUAUAUUGUAAACAAAACACAGCUCUUACAUAAUAAACAUUUUAUACUGUUUGUAUGUAUAAAAUAAAGGUGCUGCUUUAGUUUUCUGA